AUGGACGGCUAUACCCUCGGCCACCUCAAGAUAGCUCCCUCGAACUGCUUUGGACGGGUGCUCCAGGCGCUCAAGCGUCUGCAAGGCCUUCACAGGAAAGGCAUCAUCCAUAAUGAUAUCAAGCUGACCAACUUUGCUAUGGGGUCUGGACAGAACGGCAACAUGCUAUAUCUUAUUGAUCCUGGACUUGCUACGACAUUUGAAGAGAUUAAGCACACCGAUGUGGAAUCUCAACCAAGACGUGCGGGUGUUCUAUAUAACAUAAAUAAACAGCUGGGCAGGCCAAAUAUGGACAGCUGA